AGGGCGCCGGGAUCCAAUUCCACGAUUUCCGGAGCCGCCGCCAACGUUGGGAUCCCAAACUCUGACCAGGAGCUGUCGGAAUUCCAGGAAUUUGGGAUUUUUCCCAAAAAAAUCCGGGAUCAACUCGGAAUUCCGGGACGAGAUGCAGGAAAGCUACGAAAGCGUCAUUUCCUUGGCCGAGGAGAUCGCCAUCAGCUGGCCACGGAUCACCGCCUUCGCCGAAUCGCACCGGAGACGCGGCCUGGGCGCCGACGCCGUCCCGGCCUCGCCGAGCGACAACGACGAGGAAGAGCCGCCGCCGGACCCUCUGGAAAAACCCGAAAUCCCCGGCACGCCGCCGGCGCCGAACCCCAAAUCCCCCCCGAGCCCAACCGGUGCCAAACCCGGCACGGCCGAGACCCCGAAAGCGGAACCCCAACCCCGAAAAGCGCCGGGAAAACGCCAAGGAAAAUCCGGCUUCAAGAAAUUCCAACCGCGCAACCUCCGCUGCCACGACUGCGGCAAAGCUUUGGCGUUGCCGAAACGCCGGCGCGGGACGGAACGACCCCAUAAAUGCCCGGAAUGUGGGAAGAGUUUCCGGUUGAGCUCCAGUUUGGUGACCCACCAACGCCGGCAUUCCGGUGAAAAUCCCUACAAAUGCCCCGAUUGCGGGAAAUCCUUCAGCGUUGGCUCGGCGUUCAUCCAGCACCAACGGAUCCACGCCGGCGCGGCGCCGUGCCGGUGCGGGGUUUGCGGGAAGAGCUUCCCGGCGAGUUCGGGUUUGGUGAAGCACCAAAAGCUUCACCUGGAGGAGAAACCCUACAAAUGCGGCGAUUGCGGGAAAGGAUUCAACUGGAAUUCCCACCUGGAGCGGCACCGGAGGAUUCACACCGGUGAGAAACCCUACGAGUGCCCGGAGUGCGGGAAGAGUUUUUCUUGGAGUUCCCACCUGGAUCGGCAUCGCCGAACCCACGCCGCGGCGGAAGCCGGCGGGCGCUGCGCCGAGUGCGGGGCGGGAUCGCCGGAAGCGCCGGAAUGCGGAACGGCUAAAACGCCGAGAAACCCCAAAACGGCCAAAAAAGCGGCGGAGAAACCCCACAAAUGCACGGAAUGCGGGAAGGGUUUCGGCGUCGCCGCGGCGUUGGCGCAGCACCGGCGCGGCCACGCUCCCGGCAAACCCUACGAGUGCCGGGAAUGCGGGAAAAGCUUUUCCUGGAGUUCCCACCUGGAUCGGCACCGGCGAAUCCACAUGGGGGAAAAACCUUUCCGAUGCGGCAGCUGCGGCAAGAGUUUUUCCCAAAGCUCCCACUUGGAACGGCACCGGAAAAUCCACCGGGAGCCAUGCCGGGAAUGCGGCAGAAACGAGGGGAAAAAAGGAGGGAAAAGCUUCCAAAAACGCUGCCGGAUUUCGGGGGAGCCGCGCGGCGAUUGCGGCGCCGGGGCGGCGUGGGAGGAGAAAUGCGGCGAGUGCGGGAAAAAUUUGGGUUUGGGCUCGAAUUUGGGGUCGAAUUUGAAGGAUCAAGGCACCCAAACCGGCGAGAAACCCUACGCGUGCCCGGAAUGCGGCAAGAGCUUCGGUCAAAACUCGGCGUUGGCCAAACACCGGCGGAUGCACACGGGGGAGAAACCCUACAAAUGCCCCGAGUGCGGGAAAAGCUUCGGCGUCCGCUCCAACCUCAUCAAACACCAGCGCACCCACCUGGGCGAGAAACCCUACAAAUGCCCCGAUUGCUCCAAAGGCUUCAUCCAAAAAUCCGACCUCACCAAACACCGGCGGAUGCACACCGGCGAGAAACCCUACAAGUGCCAGGAGUGCGGCAAGUGCUUCAGCGUCUCCUCCAACCUCAUCAAGCACCAACGGAUCCAUCUGGGCGAGAAACCCUUCCAGUGCUCCGAGUGCGGCAAGAGCUUCAUCCAGCGCUCCGAGCUCACCAUCCACCGGCGCGUCCACACCGGCGAGAAGCCCUACAAGUGCCCCGAGUGCGGGAAGUGCUUCAGCCGCAGCUCGCACCUCAACCGGCACCAGCGCACCCACGGCAAAGCCGCCGCCGCCGCCUCUUCCUCUUCCUUCCCGGCCUCCUCUUCCUCCUUCUCUUCCUCGUCCUUCUCUUCUUCUUCUCACCUGGCCGGGUUUUUGGCGGCUCACCGGCACGGGAGGCUCUUCCAGUGCGGGCAGUGCGGGCGGUGUUUCGGUCAAGGCGCGGCGUUGUUGAAGCAUCAACGCUCUCACGGCACCGGCGGCGGCGCCGAACCGGCGGCGCCGAAAUGCCUGGAUUGCGGGAAAAGCCGGGGGUUGUGCCAGGAUUGCGGGCGGCAACCGGAAACGGCGCCGGAGAAGCCGUACAAGUGCCAGGAAUGCGGGAAAAGCUUCGGGCAGCGCUCGGCGCUGGUGAAACACCGGCGCAUCCACACCGGCGAGAAACCCUACAAAUGCCCCGAUUGCUCCAAAGGCUUCAUCCAAAAAUCCGACCUCACCAUCCACCGGCGGAUGCACACCGGCGAGAAACCCUACAAGUGCCAGGAGUGCGGCAAGUGCUUCAGCGUCUCCUCCAACCUCUUGACCCACCAGAGGACGCAUCUGGGCGAGAAACCCUUCCAGUGCUCCGAGUGCGGCAAGAGCUUCAUCCAGCGCUCCGAGCUCACCAUCCACCGGCGCGUCCACACCGGCGAGAAGCCCUACAAGUGCCCCGAGUGCGGGAAGUGCUUCAGCCGCAGCUCGCACCUCAACCGGCACCAGCGCACCCACGGCAAAGCCGCCGCCGCCGCCUCUUCCUCUUCCUUCCCGGCCUCCUCUUCCUCCUUCUCUUCCUCGUCCUUCUCUUCUUCUUCUUCCUCCUUCUCUUCCUCCUCCUCCUCCUCCUCGGCCUUCCCGGCGUUCCCGGGCUCCUCGGCCGUGCCGGCGGCGUUGGAGCUGCCCUGGGCGUUGGCGUUGCCGGGCCGGGCGUUCCCGGGGUUUCCGGUGGGUAAUUAGGGAGGUGGUUAAUUAGGGGUGGGGGGUUGGUUGGGUAAUUAAAGGGGGGAGAUGGGGGAUUCCCAUGGUUCCGGUGGGUUCCCGGCGUUCCCGGUGCUCCCAGUGCCCAACUGGGCUUGGCCAACACAAGACCCAACCUUGGGUUGGUCCCAUUGAAUUCUCAUGGCUAAUUAAUGAUCUCUGAUUAAUUAGGGGUGAAUUCAUUCAUUAAUUAAUUGGGAACUUGGGGAAUUUCCAUCAUUCCAUUGUUUCGGUAGGUUUCCGGCAUUCCCAGUGCUCCCAGUGCCCAACUGGGAUUGGCCAACGCAAGACCCAACCUUGGGUUGGUCCCGUUGAAUUCUCAUGGCUAAUUAAUGAUCUCUGAUUAAUUAGGGGUGAAUUCAUUCAUUAAUUAAUUGGGAACUUGGGGAAUUUCCAUCAUUCCAUUGUUUCGGUAGGUUUCCGGCAUUCCCAGUGCUCCCAGUGCCCAACUGGGAUUGGCCAACGCAAGACCCAACCUUGGGUUGGUCCCGUUGAAUUCUCAUGGCUAAUUAAUGAUCUCUGAUUAAUUAGGGGUGAAUUCAUUCAUUAAUUAAUUGGGAACUUGGGGAAUUUCCAUCAUUCCAUUGUUUCGGUAGGUUUCCGGCAUUCCCAGUGCUCCCAGUGCCCAACUGGGCUUGGCCAACCCAACACCCAAUGUUGGGUUUGGUCCCAACUAGUUCCCAUUUAAUUUCAGUGCCCGAUUAAUGAUCUGUA